ACGCACUGGCAGCUACUGGCGGCCAUCGCCCAUCUGUCUGAUUUUGACAGGUCAAAUCUGAUCAACUUCCAUUCCAAAACCAAAAAUUUGGUUUCUAAUCGGUCUGCCUCUUCAUCUGUUUUAAUUAAAUCCUACCGAAAUGGCCAGCGCGUUGAUUAACAAUGCCAUCGCCAGCGCGCGACCCAAGUUUGCCAUUUUCAUGAAAUACGCCAAGGUUGAGCUGGCGCCUCCCAAACUGAGCGAGAUCCCUCAGAUCAAGUCAGGCAUCGGCAAACUGCUCUCCACCGCCAAGUCCGGCGCGUGGAAGAACCAGACCGUGAAGGAGGCCACCCUGAACACGCUCGUCGGCAUGGAGGUGCUGUUCUGGUUCUACAUCGGAGAAUGCAUCGGCAAGCGCCACAUUGUCGGCUAUGAUGUUUAGGUUUUCGGUUAAGGGUACUGUAGAUAUAUUGUAAUUCGAUCAGCAAAAUAAAUUGUUAAAUUCAA